AUGUCAGAGCUUACUACUGAGUUGGCUAAUACCAAUAUCACUACCACUCAAGAAAACGAUGAUGCUGCUACAAAAGUUCAUGUUGGAGGAAUUCCCUACUAUUCAAGUGAGAAUGGUAUUCAUAGUUAUUUUGAAAGCUGUGGCACCAUUACUGAAAUUAAUUGUAUGACUUUUCAUGACACUGGCAAAUUCCGAGGGUAUGCUCAUGUGGAUUUAAGUGAUAGUAAAAAACCAGUCGCAGGAGGGAAGUCAAUUGCUGGGGACAAAUUUGUUGCAGUUGAUGAAUCAAUUGUUGAGAAACCAAUUACUGUCGUUGCAAGUGGCAAGAAGAAGAAUAGAAUGUGCGAGCCGGUCACAGAAGGAUUAGAGGUCAUGCCUGUAACGUGUUUUAAGAAUGUCAUGGCCGAAAACCUCAAACUCCAUACUAGGAAGGAAGAAAUGGAUGUGGAUAUGUCAUUUGCCUUGCAAGGCAAGAAAAAGCUCAUGAAAGAGGUUAAGCUGAAGAACCAGUUGUUAGAAAAACAUGGUUUGCUUGAGCGGUCGAAAAGACCUAGGGUCGAGGGUUCUGAUACUACCAUUCGACAGGUUGAAGAGCUACAGGCUAAGCAUCAAGAGAUAGAAAACCUUCGAUUGUCUAAAAGGGAAUUGGAAGCUAAGUAUUGCGAGGAGGUAGCAAAUAAAGACAAGGGUCCAGCUGAAGAGGCCAAAGUGGGAAAUAUAGAUUAUGAGGAUUGGGAACUCAAAUAUCAUUGUUUGUUGGCGCUAGUAAAGAAGAGGGGCUUUGUGACCGGGGACCCUUUUUCUGGAAAUGAUUAG